AUGCCACAAACAACAGACAUCCUCAUCAUUGGUGCGGGCAUAUCUGGGGUCGGUUUUGCCGUGCAAUUAGUUCGGCAAUUCGGAACCAGAAACUUCACACUCAUUGAGAAAUCCGAUAAUAUUGGUGGGACAUGGUGGGUAAACUCUUACCCCGGCUGCGGCUGCGAUGUUCCAUCCCAUUUCUUCUCCUAUUCAUUUGCGUUGAAGCCCAACUGGUCUCGAAGAUUUGCUUUGCAAUCUGAAAUACAUGAGUAUUUCACCGAGGUAGCCGCUCAGUACGAAAUUCACAAACAUGUACAAUUGGCAUCUCUUGUCGAGAAGGCUUCUUGGGAUGAGGCAAUGGGAACUUGGAGCGUCAUGGUUCGAGAUCUUCAAUCGUCAAAGAUGACAGAAUAUCGCAGCAAAAUUUUGAUCUCAGCCGUCGGAACACUGUCUGUCCCGCAGAAAUGCACCAUUCCAGGCGCCUCAAGCUUCGAAGGGAACAUGUUUCACACGGCGCAGUGGGACCACACGUUUAAUUGGAAGGAUAAAGAGCUUAUUGUCGUUGGAAAUGGAUGCUCUGCGACACAAAUAAUCCCAGAGAUAUCCUCCGGCCCUGGAGCGGCCAAAAUGGUAACGCAGUUCUCUCGACAAGCACAUUGGCUGGCUGAGCGCCCCAACCCAGAAGCCAAAUUAUACUGGGAUCAAGAAAGAGACUUCAAAGGAUUUGACAUAGAGACUGGCGCGGAAAUACGCAAUGGCUGGUCAAAAGACGCCGCGGCCUACAUUCGUGCUAAUGCACCCGCAAAGUAUCGAGAUUUCCUUGUUCCCAAGACCGAAAUCGGAUGCAAAAGACGUGUCAACGAUACCGGUUACCUCGCGAGUCUGCAUCAGGAGAAUGUCAACCUUAUAUAUGACGAUCCGAUUGAAGAAAUUGUGCCAACUGGAGUUCGCACAAAGUCCGGAAAGAUUAUCCCCGCGGAUGCAAUUGUACUUGCUCAGGGGUUUGAGACACAAAAGCCGUUUGGAUCUCUGCAAAUCUUUGGAGAAAGAGGAGUUAGCAUCCUAGAGCAUUGGGAUCGAGUGAGCGAGGGUGUCCCUUCUUCUUACUUGGGAACAUGCCUGUCAGGGUUCCCAAAUUUCUUCAUCAUGAUGGGUCCCAAUACCCUCAGCGGUCAUCUUUCUGUUAUCUAUACUACGGAAUGCCAAAUCAAUCUUGCACUGCGCAUCAUAAGGCCUAUUUUGAAUGCCAUGCGCACCGAUACAUCAAGUUUGGUCGUUGGCCGGCCUUCUCGGGACAUCGUUACCGUCAAGCCUUCAGCUGAGAAACGAGACAUUGAAAUGGUACAAGAAAUGGCCAAAAAGCUCGUCUGGGCGUCGGGAUGCACAUCAUGGUUCAUUGACGGGAAUACCAAGAGGAAUACCAUCAUGUUUCCUGAUUGGCAGUAUAAGUUUUGGUUGAGAAGCAUUUUCGUUGCUUGGGAUGAUUUCGCUUACCGCACCUCGGCAACGUUUCGCAAAGGAGCUGCGAAAGGACAGGCAGGAAAUGGGAUCUAUUUGAAUACUCUUAUCGGCGGGCUCAUUGGGCUUGGGGCUCUUUAUCUUAACCGAGAUCACGUUCACAAUCAUCUCGACACAGCAAAGAGUUUCGUUACGUCUUUAUCAAAGUCAGCUUGA